GUGUGUGUGUGUGUGUGUACACUUGCAUAUGGCAUGGGGUUGGAAAAGCUUGCAAAGAGAAGGUGCUGCUUUAUUUCAGGAGAAAAAUAUUAGGGACCAGACUCCAUUGAUGAAAUUUCCAGGACUUAAAUACAGUGCAGUGACAGGUUAAGAUAUGUCUAAAGGGGAAUAGAAGGACAUGUCCUCUGACCUCAGGAAGCUCCUAGUUUUGUGGGAUGAACUCACUUCCACCCUCCGAGGGAUUCUUGGGCUGAUGGGGAGCCAGGGAGGCUAUAUCAUGUGGCAUCUCCAGGGGUCUGAGGCCUGCAUAUGUGUGAUACCAUUCCACAGAACUGGAAAGGGUCAGGAGGUGGUAGGCACAUCUGUAGGUUGUUGCAGGUCACUCUAUAUGUCUUAGUGUGUGACAGAGGUGCUCUGGCUAGAUGUGGCCUGGAUGAAAGUCACUUCUAUGUGCUCCAGGGUAGAGUUGGGUGCAGGAUAGGCACCAGGACAGAAGCUGGGACCAACUAGGAGAGGGGUGCAGGCCAAUGAAUGUAAACCUGUCCUUCAUAGAGUUCUCAGCAUGAAGCCCCUCCUGCUGCUGCUGCUGGCCAUGGUCUCUGGCUUGCCACAGGUCCAUGGACAUUUUACACAGUUUGCAGAUAUGAUCACACUCAAGACAAAAAAGAAUGCACUUACAAGUUAUGGCGCCUACGGCUGUCACUGUGGUGUGGGUGGCAAAGGAACCCCCAAGGAUGCAACAGAUCGGUGCUGUGUCAAGCAUGAUUGCUGCUAUAUCCGGCUAGUAAAACGUGGAUGUGGCACAAAACUUCUGAAAUACCAAUAUACCAAAAGAGGGAGCUCAAUCACCUGCAAAGCAAACCAGAGCUCCUGUCAGAAGCAGCUGUGUGAAUGUGAUAAAGCUGCUGCCUCCUGUUUUGCUGCAAACCUGAGGAGCUAUUCGAGAAAAUACCAGUUGUAUCCCAAUCAGUUGUGCCGUGGGAAGAACCCACGUUGCUGAGAGGCCACCCAAUGGUGAAACUUCUUCUCUAACGCCUCUCCUUCCUUCAAGCAAAUUCCCUGGUGAUAAAACAAACAAUUCUCUUCCAUCUGGGGGUUGGGCAGGAGCCCUUCAUUCUGACCCAGGAGGUGAAGCCCAAUGUGGGGUGGGGGUUGGGGGGGGGACACAAGCUCUUCUGAAUAAAGCAGUUCAUCCGCAAA